AGGAUGGCCUUGAAGCUGAAUGCCAUCAAUUUUCAAUCCCCGAAAUGCCCUUCGUUUGCUCUUCCACCGGUUGCCAGCGUUAGAUCUCCUAAGUUCUUCAUGGCUUCCACUCUUCGCUCUGGUUCUAAGGAGGUCGAGACGGUCAAGAGGCCUUUUAAUCCUCCCCGAGAGGUUCAUGUUCAAGUGACACACUCUAUGCCACCACAAAAGAUUGAGAUCUUCAAAGCUCUGGAAGACUGGGCUGACAAUAAUAUACUUGUUCACCUUAAGCCUGUUGAGAAAUGUUGGCAACCUCAGGAUUUCCUGCCUGAUCCAUCUUCUGACGGAUUCGAUGAUCAGGUCAAGGAAUUGAGGGAGAGAGCCAAGGAGAUUCCAGAUGAUUAUUUUGUUGUUUUAGUCGGUGAUAUGAUCACAGAAGAAGCCCUUCCAACAUAUCAAACAAUGCUUAAUACCUUAGACGGUGUGCGGGAUGAAACGGGGGCCAGCCCAACUUCUUGGGCUAUUUGGACAAGGGCAUGGACUGCUGAAGAAAAUAGGCAUGGGGACCUUCUAAAUAAAUAUCUCUAUCUCUCUGGACGAGUAGAUAUGAGACAAAUUGAGAAGACUAUCCAGUAUCUGAUAGGAUCAGGAAUGGAUCCACGGACAGAAAACAGCCCAUAUCUUGGAUUUAUCUAUACAUCCUUCCAAGAAAGGGCUACUUUCAUCUCCCAUGGCAACACUGCAAGACUUGCAAGGGAACAUGGGGACUUGAAGCUGGCCCAAAUCUGCGGCACAAUUGCCGCAGAUGAGAAGCGUCAUGAAACUGCAUACACCAAGAUAGUGGAAAAGCUAUUUGAGAUUGACCCCAACGACACUGUGCUGGCUUUUGCUGACAUGAUGAGGAAGAAGAUCUCCAUGCCAGCCCACUUGAUGUAUGAUGGCCGUGACGAUAACCUCUUCGACCACUUCUCAUCUGUUGCUCAGCGGCUUGGCGUCUAUACGGCCAAAGACUAUGCCGACAUCCUAGAACACUUGGUCGCCAGAUGGAAAGUGGCAAAUUUAACAGGACUAUCUGCUGAUGGGCAGAAAGCCCAAGACUAUGUCUGUGGGCUGCCCCCAAGAAUCAGGAGGUUAGAGGAGAGAGCUCAAGGGCGGGCCAAGCAAGCACCAAAGAUCCCAUUUAGCUGGAUACAUGAUCGAGAGGUGCAACUCUGA